AUGAAACGCAAUCCAUCUCCGACUCACGACGUCAAUCCAUCCACCGCUGUCUCCAGGAAAGAGCCCGUUGAGCCUGAACCUUCGGACACUGCCAGCAUUCCCUCAGAUAUCGUUGACCCCAGCCGGGUAAUAAGGCCUGCUGCGCGACGUCCCCACCUGCCUCCGUUACCGGACUUGAGGUUCGAGCAGAGCUACCUGGCCAGCUUGGAGGGUGCGGAGAGCUGGCAACGGAUUGCAUGGAUUACCGUGAGAGACCAGGUUCUGCUGCCCCUUAUACAGGGCACGCUAUGGACUCUUGCCCUCGCCGGUUGGCGACACUGGAACCGCAAUGCUCAGCUCCAUGGCAACACGCUUGGCAGUAGGAUACGUAGAUGGUGGUAUGAAGUGAACAAGUGGGAGCUUCCCCCGGCCCGCAAAACCGUGAGGAACCGAAGUCUUGCGGAAAAGGUCCAGGAUUUUUCGAAGGCUACCGGUAACUGA